CUACAGCUGUUGAGUAUCACUAACAGGGGAGAGACCUUAACAUACUGCUGUGUAUUUCUCUGCACAGCAAACAAAUACACAGCAGUAAGUUACCCAAGUAAAACACACAGCACACACAGUAAAACAGCACACAACACACAGUUAACCCUUUGAUCGCCCCAGAUGUUAGCCCCUUCCUGCCCAGUGUCAUUAGUACAGUGUCAGUGCUUUUUAUUAGCAUUGAUCACUGUAUUAGUGUCACUGGGGAUGUCAGUGGCAGUUAGUCAGUUCCCCCCAGUGUCAGAAUGCCCUCCACAGUCCUG